UGUCCCUCCUGCCAAUCAUGAAGAAUGGCAGGGAACGGUGCCUCCAACAAGGAACUUCCUCUGGCGGGAGUGGUCUUAUGCUUCACCUCCAUUGUGCCCGAGCACCGCAGCGAGCUGAUUGCGAUUGCGAGUCAGAUGGGAGCUAGCCACAGAUUCGACCUCACCGCCGACGUCACCCAUCUCUUAAUCGGCGAAAUCAAAACACCCAAGUACAAGUAUGUUGCACGCGAGAGGCCCGACGUGACGGUCCUCAACCCGAAAUGGGUCGAGGCGGUACGUCAGUCAUGGAUGCAGGGCGGUGAUACGGAUAUCCGAGCACUGGAAGAGCAGUGGCGCUUGCCGACCUUUACGGGCUUAUCGAUCUGCGCUACGGGGUUCGAGGAUGGGGCGUUCCGAGACUACCUCCGGAGCAUGUCGGUUCGCAAUGGCGCCGAAUAUAGCUCGGACCUCACCAAAGACAUCACUCAUCUCGUGGCGCGGGACACGCAAACACAGAAGUACAAAUUUGCGACCCAGUGGAACGUCACCAUUGUCACUCGACAGUGGUUCACAGACAGCCUGGAGCGUGGCAUGGUUUUGGAUGAGGCACUGUACCACCCCCUUCUGCCACCGGAACAGCAGGGCGCAGGUGCCUGGAAUCGCGCGGUGCCCUUGGCCCGAGAAACAGCCCCGGACCGCAAUCCCUCGUCGAACCCUCGACCGCGCAAAUUGCGCCGAACCGCAAGUGCGAAGCUGGUGGGGCAGAACGAAGGAAUCUGGGGCGAUAUUGUCGGCGCGGGGUUCGAAAGCAGCGAUUUGAGGCGGUCCCGAGGGAGCCAACACAGAAGCGACAGCACGCGUACGCUCCCACGAACUGCCUCCAUUGUUCAGGAGGCCAGGUCAUUUGCUAGCGAGAGCGGUCCUGCAGAACCGCAGGACUCUCGGCAGUCGAAGCCGGGACGACAGUCUUCAGGGCCAGUCGCCGGGAACGAGGGCUUCCUCCAUGGCUGUUAUUUUUACAUUCACGGGUUUUCUUCCAAGCAGGGAAAUGUACUACGCCACCACCUCUCCUUCAAUGGGGCCCAAUUGGUAGUAUCCCUGAGCGAAUUCUCGCGGCCAGAGAUCCCCAAACGAGGCCAUGACCUCUACAUCAUCGUGCCUUACACGACGCCGCGAACCAAGGUGCCUUCGACGGAUGACCUCGCUUUUGAGUGCGAGGUGGUGACCGACAUGUGGCUAGAGCGUUGUUUGGACGCAAAGGCCCUAGUAUUGCCGGAAUCCCACGUUGCCAACACACCUCUUCUUCGAUCUCCGAUCCCAGGUUUCCAUGGGAUGAAGAUUUGCUCUACGGGGUUCUCUAAAAUCGAUCUCCUCCACCUAUCUAAGCUCGCCACCCUGGCCGGCGGCACUUACCACGAAUACCUGACAUCAAACGCCUCCGUGCUGAUCUGCAAUGACGCGGGUCCCGUCAACCCUGAUAAACUGCGACACACGAGCGAAUGGGGCGUGGCGGCUGUUUCUGCGAAUUGGCUCUGGGAUUCCAUCCGCAGCGAGCAGAAACGGCCGUUCGAGUCGUAUGCCAUCAAAGGACCGUCAAGGCCGCCCACUCAAAACACCAGGGACCUUGAAGUGCGAGCUGGCUCGCGCACAGCGUACCCAGAACCUACCAGCCAGAACGGAUCCACCGGUAUCCCGCUCGCGAAAUCCACAGCGUCCACAACUAUCCAUGCCGACCUGUCCCAGGGACGCAGCAAAGCCAAGGGAGGCGCCCACUCGCCCACAGAGCAGCACAAACCCACACCAUCCCCCAAACGACCAGCAGAGAUACAGCGUAUCACAACAUCUCCCUCCAAGGUCAAGAGCGCGACAGACCGUCCCAUGUCCGCAUCGCCAGCCAAGCGCCCCGCCUCAGCCCAGUCAACCAACACCAGCGCGUCCUCCUCCCACCAGAAAGACCAACAGUCCGCGCUCGAAAUCGCCAUGAACGGGAUCCUGAAACAAGCCCGCGAAGCCAACUCCCGCUCGUCCACAACCACCGACCCUACCGAAUCCGCCGACGACGCCCUCCGCAAACGCCGUCGCCGGCCGCUUCUCGGCCGCGCACCCUCGCACUCCUCCGUGCGCAGCACGGCAGCAGCAAAAACGGCCGACCACCGAUCCCGCGCGAGCUCCAUCGAUACUCUCAACGAAGACGGCUACGGCAGCGCCGUCGACAGCGUCGCCACCGAAAGCAAGCUCCCAUCGCUCAUCAACAGCGGUCAGUUCAACUUCGCCGACUCUGUCGGUGAUCACGAGCUUCACGCGCCGCCGCAAAGCCAGUCUCCUCCGCCCAUGACCCAGCUGGACUACGAAGAUCCAGAUGCUGUCGCCAUGCGCGAGAAAUUCCUCCGCUGCGCCGGCAAGGCGGUCGAGAAGAGGACUGCGCCGGAUGUGGACAGGCUCCAGGAGCUGGAGAACAGCGGGUGGGGAGCUGGAAGGAGGACGCGUGCGGCUAACAGGGUGGUUGAUGAUGAGUUUUGAUGGCAGUUUGCUGGUUCCGAAUUCUCUUUUCUUGUCUUGUCAGUCUUUAUUGUUGGUAGCUUAGAUCUCUAUUUGCUGUCUGAUGACAAGCCUGCUUGCUGGAAAGGGAAGAGAAGUAGGCGGUGGAUGGUUCAUCCAUUGGUCUUUGAUUGCUAUUUGAUGGUGUCCAUUGAGAACAUUGCAUGGCGGACGGCGUCGUCUCAUUUACUAUAACUAUUUUUUCAUCGCAUCUCAGUUUGAUUCUAUAGACUUCCGGCGACCUCAGCAUUUCC